ACCCUAAGCAAGCUUUGCCAGGGGAAAAGAGAAUGUCUGCAUUGUUACAUCAGAGAUCAGCCUUCAGAAGACUUAGGCCAAGUGGCAUAUCUCACUGCAAAUGAGCAUGCCUGUCUCUGUGCUGUCUGAUCAUCACAAACUAAUGAAGCACACUUUAGGUCUUAUGGACACAGGUUCCACUCUUCUCCAGGUGCCCUGGCAGCUGGUACAGGGACUGUGAACAAUGGAACCAAACUCUCAGAGGACUAAAGUCCCAGCUUUCUUAUCUGACUUGGGGAAGGCCACAUUGAGGGGAAUCAGGAAGUGUCCCCGAUGUGGUACGUACAAUGGAACCCGUGGGUUGAGCUGUAAGAACAAGACAUGCGGAACCAUAUUUCGCUAUGGUGCCCGGAAGCAGCCUAGUAUUGAAGCUGUCAAAAUCAUCACAGGCUCUGAUCUACAGGUCUACUCUGUGCGGCAAAGAGACCGGGGCCCUGACUACCGAUGCUUUGUGGAGCUAGGUGUUUCAGAGACGACAAUCCAGACAGUGGAUGGGACAAUCAUCACUCAGCUGAGCUCUGGCCGGUGUUAUGUCCCCUCAUGUUUGAAAGCUGCCACUCAAGGCAUGGUGGAAAACCAAUGUCAGCACAUCAAGCUAGCAGUUAACUGCCAGGCAGAGGCUACCCCUCUGACUCUGAAGAGUUCAGUCCUGAAUGCUAUGCAGGCCUCCCCAGAAACCAAACAGACCAUCUGGCAGUUGGCCACAGAACCUACGGGUCCUCUGGUACAGAGAGUCACUAAAAACAUCAUGGUAGUGAAAUGCAAGACAAGCCAAAAGCACAGCUUGGGCUACUUGCACACAUCCUUCACGCAGAAAAUCAGCUCCAGAAGCCUGCCAGAGCGCCGCUUCUUCUGCUCCUGCCAGACUCUGAAGUCACACAAGUCCAGCGUCCCCAAGGCUGAGGCAGCCCCGAGGUGUAUCCACUUCUUUGCCUGCCUCUGUGCCUUUGCCAGUGAUGAAACAUUGGCUCAGGAAUUCUCGGACUUCCUAAGUCUUGAUGCCAGCGGUCUUAAAGAACUAAUUGUGCCCCAGUUAGGCUGCCACUCAGAAUCAUCUGUCUCAGCUUGUGAAUCUGCUACCCCUAAGCCACGGAAGAGGAAGAAGGAGGAAGUGUCUGGUUCACAGGUGAACAGCUCACUGAUGCCUCAAGACGCAGUAAACAGCAAUGUAAGGAAGAGUGGCCUGAAAAAGCCUGUGGUUGCCGCUUCACUAAAGAGACAGGUCUGUGGUCAGCUGUUAGAUGAGGCACAAGUGACCUUGUCCUUCCAAGAUUGGCUGGCCAGUGUCACAGAGCGUAUCCAUCAAACCAUGCACUAUCAGUUUGAUGGCAAACCAGAGCCCCUGGUGUUCCACAUUCCUCAGUCCUUUUUUGAUGCCUUGCAACAGAGAAUAUCCAUAGGAAGUGCAAAGAAACGGCUCCCCAACUCCACCACAGCUUUUGUUCGGAAAGAUGCCUUGCCACUGGGAACCUUUUCCAAGUACACCUGGCAUAUCACUAAUAUUCUGCAAGUUAAACAAAUUUUAGACACCCCAGAGAUGCCCCUGGAAAUCACACGGAGCUUUAUCCAGAACCGGGAUGGGACUUACGAGCUGUUUAAAUGCCCUAAAGUGGAAGUAGAGAGCAUAGCAGAAACCUACGGCCGAAUAGAGAAGCAGCCAGUGCUGAGACCUUUGGAGCUGAAAACCUUCCUCAAAGUUGGUAACACUUCCCCAGAUCAAAAGGAGCCAACACCCUUUAUUAUUGAGUGGAUCCCAGACAUCCUCCCACAAUCCAAGAUUGGUGAGCUUCGAAUCAAGUUUGAGUAUGGUCACCACCGGAAUGGACACGUGGCUGACUACCAAGACCCAAGGCCACCCCUGGACCAGCCUCUGGAGCUGGCCCCUCUGACCACUGUCACUUUCCCUUGAGGCAAAUCGAGUUAUUUUGCGCAGUUUGCACAUCCCCACCCCUGACCACUGUAAAUUCUAGUAGCACUUAAUAUGGCCCCUGCUAAUAAACUGCACUUAGCUAAGGUGCAGUUGCUCAGA